AAUCAACAACACCAAAAAAGAAAAAGAAAAAGAAAACGAGAGAGAAGAAAAAUAAAAUAAAAAAGAUAAAAAUGAGUGACUGAAUAAGAGUGAUGCAGUCACUGUAGGGUUUAAUUCUUCUUCAUCUUCAUCUUCAUCUUCACAAGAAAGACGAAGAACAAGUGUGAUUUAUUGUUGUGAGUGAUGAUGGAUUCUCCAGAACCUUCCAAGAUCAAUCGCAGUUCUUCUGCUUCUGCUCUCAAUGCCUCCGUCAAUACUCCUUCAUCCGAAUCCCCUCAAGUUCAAGAGUCCCCAUUUUUUAGAUUUGCCAGCAAUUUAUCUCCGAUGAGGCCUGCUAAGGCUUGUCAUGUGGCACCAAGUUUUCUUGGGCUUAAUUCCCCACCUCUGGUGUUCAAGUCGCCACGUGUUAAUUGUGACCGUGAAUCGCGGUACUUGGAAAGGCCUCAAGGCACUCAUUUAUCCAGUGUAGAAAUGUCUCAAAGUUACAAUGGAGGCAACAGUCUUCGUGUAGCUCCUGGUGAUUCCAAUGAAUCAAAUUCUCAACUGCCUCUGCCAGAGAGGUUUGCAACUGACACUCAGCAGGAUAUUGGCCUCAGGAAUGAUACGAAUACCCAAAGCUGCAGUUUUCCAACAUCUGUUGAUGAAUAUUUAGCUGAUCCUGGGGAUACUGAUGAAAUGUAUUCAGUCAACCCAGACGUUGAACAAUCUACAUAUGCAGUUGAAUCUGAACCAAGCAACUUAACUCGGACAAAGAAAGUUAUAUUAAAAUGCAAUGGGAAUGAUGAUCCUGGUGAUAAAGCAGAAGAGCCUUCGCCUUUGUCAGAGGAAUCUAAUGAGAUUCAUCAAGAAAGGCCAGUUGAAAACCCUGAAACAGAAGGGGACAAAAGAGUUGUUGAACGGGUUUCUCAAGAGCACACAAAACUUGAGUCCAAUUUAGCUGCAGAUGUUUCUCAUAAUUCACUUACCCAGCAUGCAGGAAAUGGACCGGAUCAUAGUGAUUGCGCAGCUCAAUCAAUGUCUGAUCCUCUGCAAGAUGUUAAAGAAUCUAAAGAUUGCCAUGAGAUGGUAUCGACCUUACAUGUAAGGCAAGAGAAUAUUUCCCAAGAUGGUUCUGAGGCUAGUCUGAAGUACCAUGGCAUUCGUCGGCGCUGCCUAAAAUUUGGGGAAGCUGCCUCCAGUGCUCUUGGAAGUAAUAUGUCUAACAUGAAACUGAAUGCAACUUCAAGCCAAAUGCAUUUUGUCAACCCCUUCAAACCUGUCAGUUCCUUGUAUCUUCAACGAGGCAUUCCGGAGACAGGUUCCAAGCCAGCAGGUAUUGGGUUACAUUUAAAUAGCAUUAUAAAUGGAAUGCCACCUAGUUGCGCUUCAACUACGGGUAUGAGAUCAUCAGAUGUUUUACAAGGGAUGCAAUCCACAUCUUCAAUAAGUUUAAAUAAAGUGGAGAACAUGAAGAAAUACGUAAUAUCAUCAAAUAUGGAUCGGCAACCAUUAGUUGAUAAUAGAAAUGAGAUCCAUGAAACAGAUGCUUCAUUAGCUGCAGAUUAUUUUUCUCCUAGCUUGAAAGAACCUAUUGCCUUGUAUCCUGCAAGUGGCCAUGAUAAGAGGAAACUAAGCCCUACAGAUGCUGGAAAUUCUGAGGGACUCGACCAACAUACCCCGGGCAAGAAAAAGAAGAAAACAUCAAGCACUGCAGAUGGUAAUGGCUGUAAGCGGUGCAACUGUAAGAAGAGUAAAUGUUUGAAACUUUACUGUGACUGUUUUGCUGCUGGAGUCUUUUGUCUCGACCCUUGUUCUUGCCAAGACUGCUUCAAUAAACCAGAAUAUGGGGAGAAAGUUCUUGAGACAAGGCAACAAAUUGAGUCCCGAAAUCCACUUGCAUUUGCUCCGAAGAUUGUGAAAAGCGCCACUAAUGCCCCGUCAAAUAUGGAAGAUGUAAAUCUGACGACACCGUCAUCAGCAAGGCACACAAGAGGUUGCAAUUGCAAAAGGUCAAUGUGUCUGAAAAAAUAUUGUGAAUGUUAUCAGUCUAAUGUUGGAUGCUCAAGUGGAUGUCGAUGUGAGGGAUGCAAGAAUGUCUAUGGCAAGAAAGAAGAUUAUGUUGCACCGGAUCAUGCUUUGAGUAAAGAAAGGGUGAGCAGUAAUGUUGAAAAAGGGUCAGAUAGCACCAUGCUCAAUAAACCGGAAAUGGUGGCAAGCAGGGAAGAUUUGUUCCAGAAAGAGUUCUAUGAUCAACAUCAUCUGUCACCUAUAACGCCAUCGUUGCAAUGCUCUGACCAAGGCAAGGACAUGUUCCCAUCACACAGGAGUCUGAUGUUAACUGACUCCUGUGAUUCGAAAAGUUAUGAGAACGUACAAUCACCAGCACCACCAUGUAAUUCAGCUUCCUGCAUACUUCAGCUCACUCCUCUGUCAAAUCCUGAUUCAACGUCUGGUGCUCCAUCCAUCCCAGCUAAACCUGUGGGGACAAGUGCUCCAUCAUCCCGAGUCUCUCAUGGAUGUGUUCGCCAAUUAUCUGGUGGCUCUCUUCGUUGGCGUAGUUCACCAGUUACCCCAAGGAAUACCAACUUAGGUGAAGCACAACAUUUACAGGGACUUGAAUCAGAUAGCAGGCUGUUUGAUAUUGUAGAAGAUGAAACACCUGCUAUAUUGAAGGAAAGUUCAACUCCCACAAAGACUGUCAAAGCAAAUUCCCCGAUCCAAAAGCGAGUUUCUCCUCCACGUGUGAUUGGAUCAAGCUCCUCAGGAGGCUUGAGAACUGGCAGGAAAUUCAUAUUGAAAUCUGUGCCGUCUUUCCCACCAUUGACCCCUUGCAUGGAUUCCAAAGGUAAUGGCAAUGAGGACGGCAAUGUGGACUCGGGUAAUGGUGCCACCAAGUGACAAUCCCAAAUCUGAAGAAUGUUCAAAAUAUGCUUUACAGACAGAAGAUCCAUGUUAAUAGAAUUCUUGUCUUGUCUGGUUCCCAGCUGACUUAUUGAAGUUAUGACUGCAUCGCCCUACAAUGUGUAGUUUUUCCUUUAUAUUUUUAGGAGUUUUCGUUUAGCAGUUCUUUGACUUCUAUCUUUGAACAGAUUCUUCCUUUCUUUCUCCCCUUGUUAUAUAAAUUCUUCGCAUAUUCGUAAUGGAGUCUCAUCCUUCAAAAUGUUAAUUAGGCUACAUAAAAGUUUACCUAAUUGAGUGCAUAAUUGAUUAUGUAUAUUGCUGUUA